AUGCAUCAUAGUUAUGUACAAAAAUAUUUAGAAAUGUAUGCUAAACAUUUUGAUUUGAUUAAAUAUAUUCAUUUUAAUACUGAAGUGAUCGAGGUCCGUAGGGUUGAAGGGGAUGAUCAAACCAGCUUAACAAAAUGGAGUGUUUCCCUCUCCAAUGGAAUUACAAAAAUAUAUUCUGCUGUGCUAAUAUGUACCGGCCAUCAUUGUGAACCGCGUAUUCCUACCGAAAUUAAUGGCCUAACCACAUUCAAAGGAAGAGUUUUACACUCUAAGCAUUAUCAUGAUUAUAAAGGUUUUGAAAACAAACGUGUUAUGUUGGUUGGUAUAGGAAAUUCUUCGUUGGAUAUAGCUGUGGAGUUGGCUGGGAUUGCUAAGAAUGUUGUAAUUUCUACACGUCGAGGUACCUGGCUAUUUAAUAGAAUAACUCAAAAAGGAUUACCCUAUGAUGUGGUUUAUCAAAGUCGAUUUUAUGAUUGGUUAAUGAGAACAGUUCCUUGGAGUAUUGCAAAUGAUUUUCAUGAAUGGAGAAUGCAACAGAGAACUGAUCACGAUUUAUAUGGUCUACGACCUCCACACCGUUUUUUCCAACAACACCCAGCUGUCAACGAUGCCCUAACAAAUUUAUUAGCCAGUGGCCGCGUCAAAAUUACAAUUUGA